AUGGCGGUCAGCAACGCUGAAAAAGGUCAGAGACGACGACGCCGUAGAGAAGCAAAAGAGAAGGAUUCUGAAGAGGUAAAAAAAAUCACUCGAAGAAAAAAAUCAAAACAAAAACAAUUUCGAAAAAAAGCCAGCUCUUGCUCAACACAUUCUGGAAAAUCCAGCUCUUGCGCACAACCAAUACCUAUCUCCAAUGACGAUGACAAUGAAAUCAACUCUCAGAGAAUUAUACCUAUUCCAGAUAGCGACAAAGAUGAAAUUGAGGUUGCAAAUAUCGAUAAUUGUGGAGCUUUUGAAUCAAACAAAGCUCAACCCAGCUUGUGUGGAAGCGAUAUUGGCUCAACUCAUGACGAAAUCCCAAAACAUCGACCUCACAUUGAAGAUGAUGGAGACGUGUUUGAGAUCUAUGAAAAAGAACUUGAAGAACAAAACCGAGCUAACGAUCUAGUGCAAUAUGUUGAGGCUGCCCUUCAUGACAACACAUCUGAUGAAGAAGACCUGGAAAUUGAAGACGAGCCUCCCAAUAAAAUGUGGUCAUCUCUCUUUGGCACUGCUCUUCCUAUCGAAAGUAGAAAAAAAUGUCUCUUGAAAUCUGGGAAAUCCUCUUACAGACAGCCGGUUGCGAACUAA